UCUAAGUUAAAUGAGGCCCACAGAAAGCUGAGUUCAGUGUGUUCUCAAACAAUGCCCAGUUACAUUUGUGUCCAAGCUGACCAUUUUAUCGUCAAAAUAUUUUCUGAGAAGAUUUCAGAUCAUAUUCUUAUUAGAACCUCUUAGAUCACAGCCAUAAUCUUCUCCUGACUCCCCAUUUGACUCAGAACUGCCACCUGUUCUUCAAAGAUCAAAUAAAGCUUGAACUACUCUAGGACACCUUGAGUACCUCCUUGUCAUACACUUUACUCUCUGCUUGAUAUUGACAGUUCUGAGUUUCCCUGACACCAGCUAUGUACACCUUGAUUUUCCUGAGUGCUCAACAACUAGUCAAAGAUGAGGAGGCCACAUGUAAAAUCUUGGAAUCUGUGCCAUGCAUUGUGUAUGAUGUCCUAUUUAAAGUGGCUUACAGAGAAAAUAAGACAAAGGUGCUGUGUGAUCUGGUGAAGAUGUGGCCUUACUCCCGAUUUAAAUUCCAGGAGCUGUUACAGACAUGUUGGUGCUCUUCCAGGAGUCUUUCCAGGAGUCCUUCCAGGAAUUGUCAAGAAUGUCAGGAGAUUAUCGAUUAUGAUGAGUCAAGUAUAAAUAAAAUUGAUGCCAUUAUCUUGGGAGUGUUGAACUAUAUAAAAAAAGCAAACACGGAUGAUUCACAGCAGCUCCCAAGAAGGAUAUUGAAGCAGGUGGAUAUGACAGGAUUAGUUAGUAGAGAUACUUGUUGGAAUGAAGAACUCAUGAGACUGUGGACCACAUCAAUAAGCGCUUCCCAAAUCUACAACUCAUCACAGCAGCAGACAGAUGAUCCACAAAGCCAGAGAGGAGACCAGAUGGCAGAAGGAUUUCCGGUCUCAACACAAGAAACACAUGUGGAUCUCCUGAUAGAUCUCCAAAUGACCGCUUCCCUUUGGAAAUUUCUAAGGAAAAUUCUCGAGGACGAGACCAACAACCAUCUCCACCUGAAGUGCCGAAAUUUCUACUCUUCCUACACUUUUCUUCGUGAUUAUGUAAAAUGUUUUACUCUUUUAAACUCUUUGGCAAUCUGCAGAAUGGACCUAAGAUAUAGCAAAAUAACCUUGAUGAAAAGCAAAUGGCUUAUGUCACAGAUGGUAAUUUUACAAAACUUGCAGAGCCUGUUUUUACCUUCUUUUAGUAUAGAUGAAAAAAAGACUGCGCCCCUUGCACAAAAGACUGAUAUUCAAAUUCUUGCUGAAAAACUGGGCAAAUUGAAACAUCUCAGAGAGAUUUCUAUUCAUUGUCUUUGUCUUUCAGACCUCGUGGAGUAUCUACUUAGAGAUCUACCUUACCCCCUACAGAGCCUUCAACUUUCUUACUGCUCUCUGACAGAGAAAGAUCUAACUUACAUGGCCCAGAGUCACCAUAGCGCCCAUCUCAUAAAGCUGGAUCUUUCUUGCAACAGGCUAACAGAACAACGAGAUUCUUUCCUGAAACUUCUAAAAUCAGUCUCAAACUCACUGAAGUGGCUAAAUAUAACAAAUUGUGGGCUCAAUGACGCUGACUUUGAUGAAAUCUCAUCCUAUCUGUAUUCCUGUACCAGCCUCUCCCAUCUUGGUCUGCAUGGCAAUUCACUAUCUAAGAGGAGUUUGAUUGCUUUCUUGGAGCCAUCCCUAUGCAAACUGCUCAACAUGAAGAUAAUAUCGGUUCCAAUCUUCUCGGAUUGUUACAGAAAUUUAAGGACAUCAAAGCAAUACGAUGAGAGUAGCGAUUUUCUCUCUAUCCUGAAUGAAACGAAGUCAACGCAACUCACAAGAGAAGGCUUGACCAUUACGUUGACUUAUAAUUCUCUCUCUGAUGUGGGUGACUAUUUUGAUCUGCGGUAAUGGGUUAAUGAUAAUAAUUGAGGAGAAUCUCAUUAAACCAAAUGUUUAAUUACUAUUUUUAUCAGGUUGGAGACAAUGUAUAUGCACUUGUCAUUUGCUCUUUGUGUAAAGUGAUAUCCUUCAAUGUUUUUAUAUCAUUUUAAAUAAAUGUCUUUUAAAGUAUUAA